AUGUGUAUUCCUCAUUACUUAAUUGUCGGUGGUGGUUUGUCCGGUUUAGUUACUUCUUACCUCAUCUCGUUAACCCGACCAUUGGGGAGUUACCGUCUCACAGUUUUGGAGAGUAGCAGUAGAUGGGGUGGUUGGAUUCAAUCAGUUAAAAAUAUGGAUACUGGAUCAAUCUAUGAAAUUGGUCCACAUAGCACUCGUGCAACAUCUGCCACAUCAGGUCUUUUGAUGAGAAUAGUGAAAAGUUUGCAUCUCGAAAACUCACUUGUAUGGAUGAGGCAGGGUACAGUUGGAGCGGAACGAUUAAUGUAUAUAAAUGACCAACUGUUGCCACUAUCUGCGUUCAAUUUCUCCACUUUAAAACCAUUCACUAGGUCCAACUGUAGUUUGAUCAUCAGGCGGUUAUUUUCUCGACGCCCACCAUCUCAGUCAGACUGGACUGUUGAUGAAUUCCUUCGCUCUCGUCUUGAUUCUGAAUUCGCUGAUUACUUUGGCAGUGCUCUGAUGAGAGGUAUCUUUGCUGGUGAUUCACGAAACCUUAGUGCUCGUGCUUGUUUGCCUACGAUGGUGAAGUCGGAAGAAUAUGGACCGAAUCUUAUUCUCGGGAUUCUACUUUCACGGAUAAACCGAUCUUUAGAUCGUAUCGUUAUACCAAAUAUGAUUGAUGACAAACUCCCGCAACUGAAUAACUUGAUUCCAUCUGAUGCGAUUGCGUGGACUUUAUCAGGUGGAUUGGAGACACUGAUUAACACUAUUGUAGAUCAUUUAAGUAGGAAACAUCCACAUAUCGAUUUGAAGUUAAACUCUUCCGUUGAAAAAUUGAAAUCUCUAAAUGGCUGCUUUGAGUAUACAUACAAGGUCAUCAGUGAUAAUGGGAACGACAAAGAAAAAAAUACAGCCGAUAUAGUCUUUUUUUGCUGCCCAUCCUACGUUACGGCAAGCAUUUUGGAAGACGUACUGACUACUGAAACUCUAAGCUAUCUGAAACCCGACUCUAUUCCAUGGGGAAGUAUUGUCAGCGCUGUCUUAGAAAUAGAUGACUCCUUUAUUCCCUUAGUACGUGGGUUUGGGCACUUAGUACCGCGUACAGAAGAUGAACAUAUUCUGGGUGUAAUAUACGAUUCCUUUGCGUUCCCGAAAUUGGAUGGAUUUAAUAAAAAUCUACGAUAUACAGUAAUGAUGAAACCAUUUCGUGAAUGGCUCGAAGCCUCUACAAGUUUAGGUUCCUCGGAACACCUGAAAAACACCAUUGAAGAAGUUGCGAAAACCGUCCUUAUAAACCAUCUUAAAAUACCGGCUCCGGUCAUUGUUGGUCGUCAUAUUAGUAUUCUCCGUAACUGUAUUCCCCAGUAUCCUCCUGGUCAUUUAACUAAUAUGGCUAAUUUGCGCAACGGCAUUCGGCGAAUUUCUAAUGGUCAUAGUUCUGGUCGAAGUAGUAUAUAUCUUGUUGGUAAUUCGUACGAUGGCGUUGGGUUGAAUGAUGCUGUCUAUAGUGCUGCAUGUGCAGUCGCAGAAGAGUUCAGUUCAUCUUCAUGA